UCGUCGGCGGUGGUUGUGUCGCGUGUCUCGAGCUCUGUCUCUCUGUGUGUGUGUCCCGCGCGCGUCUUACUACCCCCUUACUCCCCCCGGGCCACCAGCCGCGCGAAAAUCUCGAGAAACCCCCAAUUGUGAAUUUUUGUACAAUGUUUUUGUAAUUACAUGGAUGUAUCAUCUCAUGUUGAGAUUUUCAGCACAGCAAAUGAAAAUGCACGCGGGAUGCCGAAAUUCUGUGUUUAUGCGAGUGCAGAUAGUGCCUCGGAAGCAACAAUAACAAAAGAGAAACAAGAGGAAAAACGGAAAAAGCGAUAAAAAGUGAAAAUAAUAAAUAGUGAGGAAGGCGCUGUGAAGUGUAAUCCAGUCAGGAGCAGGGCACAGAAGGAGCCCAAAACGCAGACUAUUGAACGUAGUGCAACGAACCUUUACUUUCCUUCGCGGACCAAGGACUCACCGCUUACCAAGUAAUCGGUGAGCCAGUAACCACCACCCCACCAAGCUCCCUGACUCAUCCGUUGGCCAGGAAGAAGCUGAACCGCACAGCGGUAGCAGCGGACAGGCGGCCAUAGAAAAAGAGCAGCAGGAAUAUCGAUUUUACUCGCCCUUACACACACACUCUACCUACCUACCACCGCCCACUUCAAUGAACUGCACUUGGGCAAGAAAAACUGAAGGAAAAUCACAACACACAUUUAAAGGAGACGUGUAAAUUAAAGGAGGAACAAAGGAAAGCAGCAUCAGCGGAAAUCUCAAGAAUAUUUUUCAAGGAACAAAAGCCAAUCUCAAAUGAAUUUCACAAGUCGAGCCAACUGCAAAUGCCCGCAUAGCCAGAAGCACCAGCAGCAGAAGCCCGCUCUCAUCAAGAGUCACACCUGUGCCUACCAGCUCCAGGAUCUCAGUGGCUAUAACCGCGCCCUCAUGCCGCCGCUGGACAACACGGACUUUAGCAGCGCCUGGCGCCAGGUGAACAACAACACCUCCAGCCACUCCUGUGCCUACCAUCAGCAGAAGGAGCAGCAGGAGGACUUGAAGAAGCACUACCAUCACCAUACCUGUCCCAGGCAGCGGAAAAAGUCCUCGACGCCCCUUCCGCCCGUGGACAUGUGCCAACAGUCUAAGCAGCAGCAGCAACAGCGGAGAUCCCGCUCUGCCUCUGCCAAGCCACGCCGGAACAGUUCGUAUCACUCCUAUGACGACCUGGACGUCUCCUCGGCGGUGCUCAAUGCCGAACGGAAGGUAGUUGCCAGCCUUAAGUACCUGUGCGCCUGCACUGGCGCCACGCUAAGGAAUCUCUCCAAGAAGACCAAGGACCUGCACGCCAAAAACUAUACUUACACAAAGCCCACGUGGCGCCUUUGGGGCGAAGAGCACGAGAAGAAUGCAAUUUUCACCGUCUACCUGAAGAAGGUGCGCUACCACCGACCAACGCCCACGGCCAGCAAUGACUCUGAUGAUGAGAUCUCCCAUUUGGAGUGGGAGACAGUGCGAGUGCGCUUUGUGAAGGCGGCGACACUGGCCCGUCUGGUGGAGGCUUUGGCCACCGAUGACGGGGAGCUGGAGUCGACGUUUAUUAACGUGUUCCUGUCCACAUACCGCACCUUCUCCACGCCAAAGCAGGUGCUUAGUCUGUUGACGCAGCGCUAUGAUGCGCUGCACGAGAAGCACCUGGAGGAGCUGGAGCAGGCACAGGAGAGUGGCCAAUCCAUGGACCCUGCCUACGAUCCGCAUGCCUCCAUCCAUGAGCAGCACAAGAAAACGCUAGUCUCGGCGCUGCAUGUGUGGCUGGAUGGAUUUCCAGAGGAUUGGCAUGAGGACAACCUGCAGCAGAUCUUGGGCUUUGCCACCAAGCGACUGAAACGCUCCGACCUGCACAUCAAGGUGUUGAAUCGUCUAGAGCGGCUUAUUCGCCAGGCUUGUUAUGGAAAUGGCAGUGGCGGCGGCGGAGGCGGAGGUGGUGGCUUGGAGGGUAAUGGCCUUUCUUGGCUUUCUGCCGCAGGCUCACAGCCGGUGCAACAGUUUCUGAUUCCCACACACUAUGGCUCCUCGUACGACCUCACCGAUCAGUUUAAUGGUCUGUAUCUCUCGCCCAUGGGCCAUGGACCCAUCUACCGUGGACCCACACAUUUUCUGCAGGCCUUCCGCUUUCCCCACGUGCCCGUCCGGCACUUUGCCGAGCAGCUGACCCGCAUGGACACGGAGCUGUUCAAGCGUCUGAUACCCCAUCAGUGUCUCGGACACACGUGGGCGCGAAGGGAUAGCGGUGGAUCGGAGACAGUGGUGGCCACCAUUAAUCAGUUCAAUGCAGUGCUCUUCCGGGUGGUGUCCAGCAUCCUGAUAGAUCGGCUGAAGCCUCAGGAGCGCGCUCUAAACAUUUCACGAUGGAUUGACAUUGCCCAGGAGCUGCGCAUGCUCAAGAACUUUAGCUCGCUCAAGGCCAUCAUUUCGGCUCUGAACUCCAAUUCCAUCUACAGGCUUUCCAAAAUUUGGGAGGUUUUGCCCAAAGAGAGGAUGGAAGUCUUUACGGAGCUGGCGAGAAUUUGUUCGGAGGACAACAAUGCCUGGACCCUGCGAGAGGUGCUAAAGCGUGAGGGAACGGCCAAGAACCCGGAUCCAGGCAGCGAUCAGAGUGACCGGCACCUGCAGAAGCUUAUCCUUAACCUGGGCACUCAGACCUCACAUGGCACGAUACCCUACUUGGGUACCUUCCUCACCGACCUGACCAUGAUCCACACGGCCAAUCCCGACUACCUCACCGAGGACAAGUUGAUCAACUUUGACAAAAAACGCAAGGAGUUCGAGGUUCUGGCGCAAAUCAAGCUCCUCCAGGGCGCGGCCAACACUUAUAAUCUCCAGGCGGAUGCCCUCUUCGAUCACUGGUUCAACUCGAUGCCGGUCUUCGAUGAACGCGAAGCCUUUGAACUGAGCUGCAGGCUGGAACCGCCGCCGCCAGCUCCACGGAAAUCGGUGGUCAGCACGAAUACAUCGCUCACCAAUACCACCAACUCGUCGACGGCCUCGAUUAUGGGCCACCGGAAGACUGACUCCAUACACUCCAACUCGAGCAGCGGAGCAGGAUCACAGUUCUACUGCGAGCUGAACAGCAGCACUAGCUCCAGGCACAACUCCCUUGAUCGGGAUGCCCAUCACCAGCAUGCCUCCCUUAUGUCCGCCUCGAGCAGUGUAUCCAAUCUGUCGCUGGACUCCAGCAACUCCGGCGGUCGGCAGUCUGGUAAGUUGACACACUCGCAGUCCAUGGGCAACGGCUUAAAGUCCCACGGGAAUGGCACCACCACGAAUGGCGGCUCGCCGCACAUCAACGCCCAGCUGGUGCAGCCCUCAGGCGGUACUCCGCAAUCCGCGCCAGAUUUCUACAUCAUCCGGGUCACCUACGAAACGGACAACAUCGAGCUGGACGGAAUUGUGCUGUACAAGAGCAUAAUGCUAGGCAACAACGAGCGGACGCCGCAGGUAAUACGCAAUGCUAUGCUGAAGCUGGGCCUUGAGGACGAUCCGGACAGGUUCACCCUGGCGCAGGUGCUGCCCGACAAGGAGCUGGUCAUGCCCAAGAAUGCGAAUGUCUACUACGCGGUCAACACGAACUACAACCUCAACUUUAUCCUGAGGCCGCGCAAGGAAGAGGGCGUGGCGGGCAGCUAGUCCACAGCCGUGCCCUUGUCCCAACUGUGGUGUCUGGGAUACGAGGGCGAGGAGUGAGGAAGGGGGAUUAGUGAUUGUACAUAGCUAGAGCUCGACUCGUCCAUGACAAAAACUGGAUAUUCUACCUUAGUUAAGUUAUUUAUUCAAGGAGGAGAAAGGAGAGCAGAUGAAAUCAAUUCGAUUAGCGAUACCGAUUAUUUCGAUAAAUGGCUUUCGAUUUCAACCCCGUCAAUUAGUAAUUAUUGUAAUCUCUGAUUUCUCCCAGACCUAGAGCGGAAAACCAACCCAAAACAUAUAUAUUAUAUAGAGACUCUACUGGAAUAUUUGCUGAUAUUUACACACUCAAGAUACUAUAUAUUUAUGUAUAUGUACAUAUUAUAUGUAUACACAACCAUUGAUAUUCUAAAUGUGGUACAAUAAUUUUGAAUCUUGGAACAGAUAUUAAGUUAUAUCUGAACAUUACUUUGAGGAUUUUCCAAACACACACAAACUACAUAGCGUAUUUGUAUACAUGUUUUUACCCACUGUACGUGUAUUAAAAAUACAAAAUACAAAAUAUACAAUUAACGAUAAGUCCGAUGAGUGCACAAAAGCAGAUAAUGUUUUAUCGAUAACUUUAGCCGGUUAAGAAAUAUUGUAUUUGAGUUUUUGUAAGUAAUCUAUACUGAAAAGUAACGAGAGAAUGAAACAAUUAUACAUUUACGGUCUAUAUUAAGGAUCUGCUUAGAUUUAUACAUACUAAAUAUGCUAAACUGAAGUAAGAAACGAAGAAAAACAGAUUGAUAUUGUAAAUAAAUAAAUGAAAUUGCGAUAGUUUGUGUUCUUCUGCAAAUAAAUUGUAACUAAAGAAA